AUGUGCUCCGAUUUCUUGGCAGACAUCAACAACAACCAUGCAAGGGAAUCUCUUGGCCAGCUCCUCCUGAUUACACGAUGCGAUUUGGAUGUACCGACCCUCGAGGUCCCUGGCAGCUACGACAGUCGCGGCAGACUACUCACAAUUGGAGAGAAGGUCCAGAUCUGUUCAAGAUUGUACCUAGAUGCGUUCGCCGCAUCAGAACAAAGUCUAGAUAAGCUUUCUAAGACUGCUGGGGAGCUGGCGCAUACUCGCGGUUCGCUUCACCGUGUAACAGAACUGUUUCGCAAAUACAAUCCCGCCGUUUCAGUAUCUGCUUUCCAUGAGGAAUGGAAACGGGUAGCCGACUGCUUCAAUAACGCCAAGCAGCAGGCGAGUGCAUCUAUCGAAUGUUGGACUCAUCUGCUCUACUUUAUCCAACAAUUUAAAGGGCUUAUUGAUGAAAUGAUUACGGAUAAUAAAAAAUCGAGUAUCCGCUUAAUUGCAACGUUAGAAGAUGCCAAAGCAGAGAUUGAGUCACGUCGUCACAAUAUUGAUCGAGAGUCCCAGGCUCAAAAGGAUACCCAGAGAUUCGACUUCACAUAUGCCGUCCCACUCUUGAUCACUGUAUUCUUAGUACUAUUUCUCCCUGGUCUUUUUCUCAAUACUAUGAUUUUGUCUGCCAUGUUCCUUUGCGCCCUCCUUAUCCUCCGAGAGGGAGUUCAGUCGAGUUAUGGGGCGACGUUAACCGACGACAAUGGAGAUCAAAGUCGUGAUCUCGAAGUCGAAAUAGAACGUCUAACUUGCAAGCAGAAGCGUAACGCCGCCAUUGGUGAAACGCUCCAAGAAAUAGGCACCUCACUGGCAUCUGCGAUAGGCGGAGUGCGAGAGAUUCACGACUCCUACAGGGCGGUAUCUGAGAGGCUCAACAGCAUGAGCCUGGAGAAGAUCGGCCGUUUUGAAAGGACCAUGCGUAAUGUCUCCGACAUGAUCAGUGGGGAUGAGUCCUAUCUUCACAACCGCCCGACCCAUCACCAGCCACGAGAAUCGAAGCAUGUGACGGAACUGCGUGAACUUGCCGUCGAGUUGCGCCUGACGUUUUACAUCAUGUUUGAAUGGAGCUCUAUUGAAAAUACUACUAUACCUCCGGCAUACUCUGCGAACUCGGAUGUCUAUUUCGCUCAGCCAUCUUCCCAAGGAUUUAAGGAUACAUUGACUCUGAAUGAAGUAGCAGGGAUCGCUGAGAUUGAACUUGACAAACUAUAUCGUAAGGCCCCAGGAAAGCGCGAUAAGCUCGGUACAGGCGAGGGUGACAGAGGUAUAUACUACGACUAUGCCAACAGUAGUUAG